AUGGUGUCAUUUACGAUUGAAAAUGUCUUCGGUGUUGGAUCAUUUCGUUUCUGUUCUGGCUUUCCAACAGCAAUAAAAAGAACAGACAAAUCUGAUUCUCACCUGUACGAAUGUGCAUUGAAUGGUUGUAUUCAAGUUUACAAUCACUCAACAGACGAACGCUUGUUUUUCCAACAUGUCUACGAUGAUAUCAUCGUUGUGAUGGUAUACAAUGAAUAUGUAAAUCAAAUUUUAACAUGUUCGUAUUCAGGAAAAAUUAUUAUUUGGUCACAUGAUUAUCAAAAACGUUAUGUUGAACAGCAAACACGAAUCAAUCAUGUGCACUAUGGAUUUUGGACGACAGAUGGCACAGGAAUUUAUCUGUGCUCAAGAUUUGAUGGCACGCUUCUCUCAUUGACUUAUGAUUCUGAGCAUCAUUCAUUAACUGAAACUUGGUUGCGACAUUGGGCAACACCGCGAGCUGAUGCUGAAACAGUUCAUCCAUCAUUUGACCUAUCAAUCUCUCCAAUUAACAUCGCGGAGAAAAUGGAAACGUCAAAUACUUAUGUCGCUGGUUCGAUCGGUUAUGAAUUUGUCCUUUGCACAAAUCUACGUCGUCAUCUAUUUGCCAUACUUCAACGACCGCACGAACAUGUUCAUAUUCAUGAACUCAAUUUACGCGACGGUCAUCUGAUUCAGGAUUUGAAAUUGCAAGAUGCCAAACCGAACCAAUCGUUUCUAUCUGCUACAACAACAACAUUACGUCAGACUGCUACUGGAAAAGAAUUUUUCGCUGUCGGACUUCAAUCUGGUUUAAUUUUCAUCAUCGAUACAAAUCCACUACAUGUCCAUUGCAUUAUCAACGCUACUGGAAGUCCACAAGCGAUCAUUUGGUGGCAUUCCUAUUUAUUAACUUUUGGUUAUAUCUCGACGAUAGUAAACGCUUAUUCACUGGAUGGAACGUUGAUUGCUUCAUGUACAGAUGCACCAGCAACAGCUAUUUGUCAUUUGCAAUGGAAUUCAAAUGAACAGGAUCUUCUAUGGGUCGGCGGUUAUAUGGGUUUGACUUUGGUUCGUUUGGAAUUGAUCGAUAUCGUUCGAACCCCAUCGCCAGUUAACGCAGUAACCUUUACAAUACUGAACACAAGCGUGGAUGAACUAUCUUCGUCUGCAACGUUGUGUUUAACGACAUUGAUACACAAGACAUUGCACGAAACAGCUGGCUGUGGUAUUUACAUGGACAAGAAAGAAAUUUUAUCGGGUGAUUUAUCGGGAAAUAUUUUUCGUUGGAGUGUCGAUGAAACCAAACCUAAAGAACAUAUACACAUUUCUGAUAGUGUUCGAUGUUUUGUAUCGAAAAAUCUUGUUGGCACACUAUCUGGUGCACUGUAUAAUAUUGAUAAUCAGGAAAUCAUUGAGGAUUUCUCCACGACAAUCAUCUGUGCAGCAUGGAAUAAUGAUCAAACCGCGUGCUUAAUCGGCCUCGCCGAUGGUUCUCUGGUGAAUUUACAAAGCAAACGAAUCGUCGGUCUGCAUGCGAACAAUGCUGAAAUUUGGAGUGUUGAUUGGAGUCCAAACGAACAAUUAUGUGCAACAGCGUCGGAAGACCAAACAACAUGUAUAUGGCAAGUUGAUCAGGAAAGAAAGCUAAUUGCAACAUUAACAGGUCAUACGACAGCAGUAACAGCUGUUCAGUGGAAACACGAACGAAUUUAUACUUGUGCGGAUGAUCGAACGGUACGAGUAUACAAUAGUCAUGCAAAUACGUACAAUUGUCUCUAUGUUCUUCACACACCGACGUCGUUGUUCGGAUGGUUCACAUUGACGUAUUUACAAGUUGAUGAAGAACAAAAGUUGAUUAUUUGUACGACACAGAAUGGUUAUUUGGUCGUAUGGCGCGAUGAAGAAAAUGCACGGGCAAUUUUUUGUCAAAAGAUUCAUUUUGGAAGUUUAGAGGCCUUGAAAUAUGAUAAGGCCACUCGUCGUUUGGUAACUAUUGGUAGUGACUGUACAGUGACAUCACUUCGUUUAAAUUCCGUUUAA